AUGGCUGCAACUGUCGAGACGUUGUCCGUCAUCGACGAAGAGGGUCACGGCACACACACGGCGAGCACCGCUGCGGGUGCUGUGGUUCCCAACGUCAGCUUCUUCGGCUACGCUAGCGGCACUGCAAGUGGAAUGGCUCCCUAUGCCAGGCUUGCGGCCUACAAAGUCUGCGGGAAGAAUGGUUGUAGUUCAACAGAUAUACUCGCCGGCAUUGAGGGUGCGAUUCAAGAUGGAGUCGACGUCCUGUCCAUGUCCUUGGGUGGUCCACCCACAGUGUACUACGAGGAUCCCAUUGCCUUGGGAACUUUUGCGGCCAUGGAAAAGGGGAUCUUCGUCUCGUGCUCGGCCGGAAACUCCGGCCCAGGCGAGAGUACGGUCUCGAACGGCGCACCUUGGAUUAUGACUGUCGGCGCCAGCACAAUCGAUCGGAAUUUCCCGGGUUACGUCACUCUAGGAAACAACAAGAGCUUCACCGGUGUGUCGUUGUACAGUGGGAAAAGCAUGGGGAAAGAGUUGGUUGAACUAGUCUACGGAAAUCUAUGCAAGCCGAGGUCCCUUGAUGCCGCCCAAGUGAAGGGCAAGGUGGUGGUUUGCGACAGAGAAAACAACCACCUUGCGCGGCUGCAAAAAGGGGCGGUGGUGAAAUCAGCUGGAGGCAUGGGGAUGAUACUGGCCAACACGAAGGAAAGCGGUGGGGAAGGGCCGGUGGUCGAUAGCCACGUUCUGCCGGCGGUAGCGGUCGGGCUGUCGGCGGGGAAUGAGAUAAGAAACUACGUGAAAACGGACAAGAAUCCGAUGGCAGUGUUGAGCUUCGGGGGAACCAUGGUGAAUGUGAAGCCGGCACCGGUUGUGGCAGCAUUCAGCUCGAGGGGCCCGAACAACGUGACGCGGGAGAUCCUGAAGCCGGACGUGAUCGGGCCCGGUGUCGGCAUCCUUGCUGCGUGGACGGAGGCUGCGAGUAUCUCGGGGUUGCCCAAGGACCCUAGGAGAAGCCCGUUCAACAUCAUAUCAGGUACGUCCAUGUCGUGCCCGCACAUAAGUGGGCUGGCGGCCCUUGUGAAGGCGGCCCACCCGGACUGGAGCCCGAGCGCGAUCAAGUCGGCCCUCAUGACCACAGCCUAUACACUCGACAACAACAACAACUCCCCCAUCAGUGAUGCCAACGACAAGUCCAACGCAACCCCACACGCCAUGGGCGCGGGCCACGUGGACCCGAUCAAAGCCCUCUCCCCGGGCCUCGUGUACAACACCACCCUGAACGACUACCUCGCCUUCCUAUGCUCCCUCGGCUACAGUCCGAAGGAUAUCCAGACCAUCACCAAGAGCAGGAAUCUAACGUGCGCCAAACUGAAGUCCAAGUUCAAGAGCCCGGCCGAGCUCAACUACCCCUCUUUCUCCGUGUUGUUUAAUAACGCCAGGGUCGUGCGUCUGACUAGGAAGUUGACCAGCGUGGAUCCCGGUUUGUCGGUUUACAAUGUCUUGGUCAAGGCGCCCCCGAGUGUGAAAGUGACCGUGAACCCGACAAGACUUGUUUUCAAGGACGUCGGGGACAGUUUGAGUUAUACGGUUACAUUCCGGUCGGAAAGUGUUUCGCAUGAGGAUGCCUUUGGCUCGAUUUUGUGGAACAAUGAGAAGCACACGGUGACGAGCCCGGUUGCAUACUCAUGGCAUUGA